AGGAAGGAGGAUGAGGAAGUGGCUGCUGCUGCUGGAGUGGAGGUGUAGAUCCUGGAACUGGACAUGUAUCCACCGGCAGUAAAGCUCCAGCAGCUGUCCGGCAGCUAAAUAUCAGCCACAUUUGACAAUGCGAUGGGUAACUGCUGGGCAGCCUGUGUGGGGCUCUUCAGGAGAGAGGUCAGCAGGAUCCAGAGAGGAGGCGGAUCCAAAUAUUUCCGAAGUAGUACCACAGGGGAACAUUAUACAAUAGAGUUUGAAAAUUUGGUGGAGAGUGAUGAGGGGGAGGGAGAGAGUCCACAGCCUUGUCCGAGGCCUAUCAGUGAAGAUGAGAUCAAACAUCUGCGAGAACAACGCUAUGCUGCGAUCUCAGACAAUCAGGUUCUGAUAGACCAGAAGAUCCAAUCAGAGUUAGAGGCACAAGAGGAGAAGUUAAGGCUAGAAGAGGAGGCUAGAAAUGCCGCCCAGCGUGAGGCCGCCAGGUUGGCACGUGAGCGAAAAAUGAAGGAGCAGCUGUCUUCCCAGAGGACACGGGGGAAAGCAGAUGGCCCUGCCAGUGAAACUCGGCAAAGAAAACCAACCUCUGGGGAAGAUUUCGACGUCUACCUCCAGAAUGUAAAAGCCCAGUCUGAGGCUUUCAGGAGCAACAGACUUCCCUCUGACACAAAUGCAGUGACUCCCAACACUGAAUACAGCUGGGAUUUUACCACCAAGACCCGCUCCACCAAUGAUGAUGGGACGUCACUGGACCUCGAGUGGGAGGAUGAGGAAGGAAUCAAUCGGGCACUUCCAGCUUGGGAGAGGUCUCGAACAGAGGAGGACAUCCUACGUGCUGCCCUGAGGCCCGGUGGUAAACAGAUGAGCAGCGGCCAGGCCUCGGCCUCAGAAGACUCCAACGCUCUGGAGUGGGAGAGUGAUUUUGUGAGUACGCACCCAGAGGACAGUGAAAACACUGAAUUUGAAGGUUUUGUCAAUCCUGUCCUGGACACUCCCUCUGAGGACACCUCGGACCGGGGCCUCAUGUUGGACAACCAGGAGAGAUAGUGUCCAGCACCAAAGGAGACAUUUUGCCCUCUUCAUGUCAAAGCCCACCAGCUUUUUGCCUCAUGAAAUGGAAAUGUUUUCACUGGCUCUUCAUAUUCUGUAACAUGAGACUAAUGCUGCAGUAACGUGUUGUGGAUCUUGACACGACAGCACACUGCAGUGACAUUCAAAUACAAAAUUUUCAGUGCCUUCAUUUGCUAAAGUAGCCAACCAUGUUAUGCAUUGUAACUGAUCAGUUACAUCCAUUACCACCUGACUCAUCUUCCAGUAAGUGGUGAUGUCCAAAACUCGGUGGCCAGGUGGUCAUAAAUUACAGCCAUUUUCUCUGAAACUAAACUUAAGCUAACAGCCACACUACUCUGUUUUAAUUUAAAAAUGCAUCAAUUGUGCUAUGACUAUACCUGCCGUCCACAAACAACCUAAAAGCUCCACAUUCCCUUCCUUAUUCUUUUUUAUCAAGCAUAAUUCUGGUAGCUCUUUUAGUUUCAGUUUCACCUUGUUUUUCGUUGUUUUCUUGUUGAUAGUAUUUUCUAGAACUAAACAAACAACAUAAGACUUCCUGUCUACGACGAAAAGUGCAUGGCCAGUUUACCUGUGUGGUCACGCGAUAUACAUUUUCCAGUGUUGGACACAACACAACAAUGGACACAGAUUACUUCUGAUACAGAGCUCGUCCGCGUGAUUUUUAUCUGAAAACCAAAUUUUUAAAUGAAAACAUAGUAAUAUGGAUGUAGCAUUUCAUUUUAAAAGCGGGUGGCUGCUGUAGGAGCCGUGUUUCACCCGCUGAAAAAAGUAGGCACAUUUCACUGGUUGUGUGGUCCUGCAGAAUAUUUAUUAAGGUACACUUUUUAACUCCCAGUGGAGUAAUUUGUUCUCUGCAGUUGACUCUUCCUGACUAUUUAGCAGCAGUGGACAGCCACAGAGCGGCACCUGGGGGCUGAAUUCAAUUCUGAGGUCAGCACCUUGCUCAGUGCUACUGGAAAGACUCUCCCUGCAUGUACUGUUGUGUGGGAGGAAAUCUACAGUUGCACAAAGGAAACGUCCAUAAAGUACAGAAAAUAAAAAUUCUCUUUCUGCC